UCCCCUGAUCCUGUGUUCCAGAGGGCGGCUGAUGGCGGAGGUGUCCGCCUCGCGCCCCAGGGACUCCGCCUUCACUUCGACUGCGCCGCCACCACCGCCUCCGCUGCCCACCCUCACAGAACGCGAACAGAUCAGGAUAGAGUUCUACAAGACCUAUGACGUGAUGACAGGGGUCCGCAUCGCCGCCACUCUGGGAGGUUUCUUUGGGUUGAUGGUGCUUCUGGUGAUCUACAAGAGUAAGUGCAAGUCGCGGUCUCUGAGUGACCAGCACCUGGAGGCCGCGGUCACCGCCGUCAUUGAGGAGGAGGAGGAACUCGCCCUCAACGCCCUCAACUUGUACGGACCGCGGCGCUCACUCGGCAACAUGAGUGCGCCCACCGCGCCCUACCCGCGCUUCUCCUCACUGGGCGGCCACUCGCUUCUCAACCCGCCCACUCGCGUCCUGUACGGCCAGAGGGCGCGAGUCAGCAUACCCUCGGCUACCACCCCUUCCCCUCGACUCACGCUCACCUCGCCUCCCCUCAAGCGGCCUUAUCCUGAGGAGGAGGAGGACGACGACUACCCCGACAAUUUUCUACAGGUGCCGUCGCGGCGCGCGUCUCGACGCCUUAGCUCCAUCACGUGUUCCAGCGCCGACAGCUCGUAUCUGGAGCGACGGGGUUCAGCAGUGGAGAUGGGUCGCCCCCCUCCCCCCGCCCUGCGACGUCCUCCUCUCCCUCACGAGCACUGGGACUUCUACUACCCCAUCGAUAUACAAGUGAUACAGCCCACACCGCUGCUGUCACCGUGCACCAGCGAGGGGACGCUGUACGACCACCCCCGAACCGACGCCGCCCCCGCGCUGUCACUGCCCAGACAGGCUCCCCUGGCCUCCAUCAGCAGCUGUCAGGUCAGCUCCGCCCCCUCCCCCGCCCUGGCUUCCGACUGCCACUCGGUCGGCUCCGACUCCGUGUUCCUGGACGAGGAGUGCAUGGACACCGAGGACGAGGCCGAGGAGUUCUCCACCGACAGCGACGUCGACGACUACGGAGACGAGAAAAGACAGUUCGACCCAAGAAAGCUCGGGAGUUACAGUCCGUCCAGUGUUCCUUUCGCCGAACAUUUGCAAAUGUCCAAUUACCCGAAAACGAUGGCGGGCAGGUUCCACGGUGCCCAGCCGAUACGGAGGUACUCUUCCCCGUCACACAGGUCCGGGGAGGUCUGCGGGAACCCCCCGGCCUGUAGCACCUCUUGUGAUACCUUCGCCGAUAAUAAUAUAGCGAGUAGGCCCCCGUUACCCCUGCCCAGUGACGCGGAAGUCAGUGGCGGCGGUGUGACGCCGCGGGUGGACGAGUGUAGACCGCGACCUGUGGCCAGUCUGUCGUGCGACCACUUGGUGCGAGCUCUGAGUCGACACGAGACCAGUUCUGUGCGGGACCUGGUAGAACACUGUUCCUGGUCUCAGGAGACCUUGUUCUAGCUCCUGUACCGGUACCGGUACCGUUCUCAUCUACGCAAUAAUUCAGUGCACUGAUCGAUCUAUUUUAGAAGCGUGUUGUGUUGCCUUUCAUUCUUGUCUAAUAUAAAAAAAUGGUCUCACUUCAUUGUUUUCACUUGUACUACAAACAAAACACAAUGUUUUUUGCAGUUCCCCAAUCAGUUUAUAAAUAAUAAAAUUAUUGUUCUAACCUAACACGUGUUAGUUUUUGGAUUAUUUAGUUUAAUAUAAGUAAAAUAAUCCGAAUUUAAGGAACCCUUUUUUAUUUCCAGUCAUGCGAACGACUUUUAUACACAGUAUUAAUUACAAAAGGUAUUAUUUUUCAAUAAAAACCUGAGUGGUGAGACAAAAUAGUAGGGCAACACAACACUAUCUAUAUACAGGGACUCAAUUUAAGUUACAAUCAACACCAAGUAUGUCUCUUACAGAUGAGUUCUUAAUGUAAUAAUUGAAUUAAAUCAAAUACUUAAUUGUACUUGAAUGGGUACAUAAUUCAAGUGUUUUAAAAUAUGUCAAUUAAUUUUUUGUCUAAACUAAGCAUUAUUUAUUUUGAACACUUCUAAGGUGUAAAGUACAAAUAGCAAAUUUUUCCGUUGUGUCGAUCAUUAGAUCUAUAACAAGAUUAUUUAGUACAUUGAAUUACAUUUUGAGUUGUGCAAGAAAUAUUUGUGAGUCCAAACAAGUUUGGUUUUAAUAAUCACAAUAAUUGGCUAAUUUCUUCAAAAUUACAGACAUACAGGCAAAACAAAUCUAGCUUUACUACAUGAUAUGAAGUGUAUUGGAUUGUAGUCUUCCAUUCUGUCGUUGAUUAACAGACUUCUAUAAGACUGCAAGCAAACACAGGUAGAACAUCCGUUACACUGUUCUAAAACUUUUCCUGUAGAGACUGUUGAAGGCUAAUAGCAGUUUCAUAAUAUUAUUAACGGUUCUAUUGAUAAAAUAACGCAAAUUUUUUAGUUUUUACUCAUAUUAUACUUUUAUAAAAUAAUAAAAUGACAUAUAAUGGUUGAGGAUAACGAGUUUAGCUCCAUUUCACUAAAAUCUGACUCUGUCACAGGUUUGACUCCUGGAAUCUGGAGGCCAUGUAUGUCUGAAGAGAUACAAAACAUAUGUGGACUCCAGAUUCCAUGAGUCAAACCUGUGACAGUUUCAAAUUUCAGGCGCUGAAGUGAGAGGAAGGUGAAAUGGAGCUAAACUCGAUAUUCACAUUGAACCAACCCUGUAAAUAUUAUUAACAUUUUAAGAAAAAUACAAAAAAGACUAUUUAAAUAUACUUAGUCAAAUAAUAUGUCUUUAUAUUAAAUAAGCUUCUCAAAUUAAUUGAAAAAUACAAAUUACAUAUUGGUCUGCAGUGAGUUUUAAUUUAGUAUUCAUAGAUAAGUAAUGUGACAAAAUUGAUUUAUCUAAAACAAAUGUUAAAAAUCUUAUUUUGGAAAUAAACUUAAAUAUCUGUGUCAAUAAAUUCUUGACAUUUUCUCAACUACACACUUCUAUAACAUAAUAUAAACUAUUUUUAGAAGGAAAAAGCCUAAACCCUUACAGUAAUUUGAUUUGAUUUAAUGCAAAGACCGUGUUUAGUAUUUAUAAGAGAGUAUUUUUAUACUUAUUAGUACUUUCUAAGGUAAUUGUUUUCUAUAGAUUAAUCCGCGUAGUCAUACUCAUAGUAAAUCAAUGAUAUUUAAUAUGGCCUUUAUAACUGAUGAAUAUUACAACCUUAUACGAAAUCUUAAAAAAUCGAUUUCUUGUAACCAAGUUUGUAACAAUGUAACAAAUCCUGUUAAAAACAAAAUUUGUUUGUCCAAGAGAUUUGUCCCAACUGAAUGUAUUUUUGUGUUGUAAAUUCUGUUAGAGGUUUCACAUGUAUGUAAUAAGCAUAUUUUCUCUGACUUAAGUAAGGUUCUUCAGUAAGUUUUCGGUGUGGAUAAUGUUUUUUAUUUUAGUUUUGCUAUCUGUUUUUUUCAGUCAUCAUCAUUGAGAAUGUCUUUUCUCAAAACGGAACAAGUUGAAAAUUUUUUGUUAUUCCAAGAGAAAUUUUAGGUAUUUUAAGUAGAAAAUUUGGGUUCUUUUGAAACCAGAUCCAAAUGAAAAUGUGGAUAUUUACAGUAUGUACACAGCAUUAGGGAGGUAAUAUUUAUUCAGGAUUUAUGAUUUACAAAAAUUAUAUUUUAUAGUCAAAUUAAAUUAUAUUUUUUAAUAAAAUAUAAUUUAAGAAAAAGUUUGUUUUGGAAAUUAACAAAGUUAAUAUCUACAAAAAAAUACCAUUUCCUCUUUCGUGAAACGGUACAAACAGUAAAUGAAUUAAUAUACUUCUAUAGAUUUUUGGGCUUGAUAAGAAGAUGCCCUCAAAUUCUGCCCCAAUGAAUGAUUUACCAUUCAAGUAAAUGUUUUAUGUUUUUUGUGCUCAGCCAAGGUAUUCUGUAUAUCUGUAAUCAACAUUUUGACAUAAAAAUAUCAAGAUAUUGUACCUAAUAUUGCUACAAUAUUCAGAAGGAGAUUACUUGAGGAAGGCUUUCGUUCCUGUACAUUACAAGAUUAGUACAACUGUCUAGUAUUGGAUAACAGUUGUGCAUCAGUUGUAACAACAGUUGUAACAACAUGUUACAAAUCAGCGAUUUCUAUAUUUGAAAUCCACGUUUUCACUAAACAGAAUGUCACUUUCAUCAGAUUGUUUGUAUUUCUGAUAACUUAUGAAGUUUUCUGGGAACUAACACUUCUUACUUUUAUUUCUGAAGAAAUCAACUCUUGACUGUGAAUUGUAACUAAUACUUUAUCAACAUUUAUACCAACAGAAGUGUUGUAAAUGUAAAAUAAUAUGUCACAGUAGUUGCAGUUUAAUCUGUCACAGUUUAUUACCACAUACUUUUAGAUAGAAACACAUAUCAAUGAACUGCUGUUAAAUUUUACACUUCAAGAUCUUCCGUAUUUUUUUAAAACAUUUUAGAACAGACAGAUAGUUACUUAGUGUAUUUUACAGGAGUACUUCCUCCCAAGUGAAAUUAGGGACCAUCAAAAUCACUUGCCUUCUCAGAAGUGUUCAUGACCGGAUACACUGUCGUUCCUUCAAUACAUGGAAUUGAGGACAUAGAACUCAUAGACUUUUUUAUUUUUUAUUAUUUUUUUAGGUACUGUAUUAGUGUUUUUUUUUUACUCCUAAUACAUUUAACCGUUUAGUUUUAAUCCCCAUCUAGUUGUUAUGUAUAUGUUAUGAAAACGUUGAUAUAAUAUUUAAACAAUUAUUAUUUUUGUUACAGUGCAUUCAAAAUGUACUAUUAUGAGAUAUUCUAAAAUAAAAGCCCUGAGUUACGAGAUAACCCUGACCACACCUAUUGUAAAUUAGUUUAUACCCUUGGAUUUAAUUAUAAUCAAAUUAAAUUUGUUAGGUUUUACCGCAACGAGUAAAGUGAAAGUAAAGAAACCUGUAACCAGUGAAUAAAAGAGAACUAAUUAGCGGCUUAACUAAGGUUUUAACACGAUUAAACUCACAGAAUAAACUGAAAGAACUCAUCUCUAAAGAGACUUGGACAAAUAAGUAAGUUAAAUAUAUAUUUUGAAAGUAGAAUAGUUUAGAAGUAAGUACUCUGUGUAGAACUGUCAGUGAAAAGUUACUAAAUAUUUUGUUACUGUCAUUUGUAAAAUAUUUAAUAAGUUAAUAAAGUAACGUCGGUAUUACGGCUACUUCUGUGAUGUCGUCUAUAAACUCUUAGAGGCGAAGCUGCUAGUUGAUAUUUUGCCAUGUUAGGGUUGUCUUUUUAAAUGAAUAAAAAUGUUACUGUUGGAAAGUUGAUGUACAAAAGAAUGCCCUUUUUGAAAUUAUAUGCCGAAUGUCUUGCAGUGUAGCCCUAACUGAAUGCUUGCCGAUAAAGCAACAGUUCUAGUUUUAACCAAUUAUGCUUAUAAGAAAUAACAAUGUUAUAUGAGUUAAUAAAAAGUAUUUAAUAGUUUUUCCUUCCUAUCUAAACACCAUAAUACUUUAUUUUACAGAAUCAUCAUUCUUAUUGAUAAUUUAGAUUCAUAAAAAUGUGCUGCAACAUUAUUAUCUUCAAAUUAUCGUUCACUUUCAUUAGAAAUAAUGUCUUUAGUUUACUUCAAUGUUAUUAAUUAUUUAAAUACUUAAGUUACAAAUCUAUAAAAUGAUAUAUCCAAGGAAAUAUAUGUAGAUUUAAAAUGUUGCCUUCUACCGAUUUUGUAAAAUAAUGUUUGCUUUCUAUACUGCUCAUUGAAGUAUAAAUAAAAAAAGAAAAUUAGUCUUCUGGUUAAACUUUGUGUACUCAACAAAUUGAAGCAUAUUGAAAUUGUUAUCUACCAGUAAAACCUUAGCGUUGUUGACGAUACGUUAGUAAGUACUGUACUUUACUUGAUUGUGACAGUAGAGGCCGCAGAGCCUGUGAGAAGUGACUGAGGAGUACCAUGUAACACUUGUUGUUGAUAAGUUUGUCUUUAGCAGAUUACGUACUUGUGUUGUGUAUGUAUGUGAAGACUGGCAACUCCAUGUUGUGUUACGUAUAGAUGAGAGUGAAGACAGUUGUAACACAUUUCAGAGUGAUCCAUUUGUACUGAUAAGGAAAAUAUGUAAUAUCGUAUAUUCAGGGAUCCAUUUAAAUAGGACUAAAAAUUCCUUUUUUAUUUAUUAACUAGGUUUUUAACAUUUUACCAGUAAAAUGGAGGAUAUAAGUGGGGAAUAGUGUUGAAAUAGGAGUGGAAAGGUUUGGACGUUGGUAUGCAGUACAGUGUCUCUCUCAACUUCACGGGUGGGACGUGAGAUGAGUUGACGGACUGCUUUACUUUGUACAGCUCCUGCGUUUAUAAUGAUCGUGUAGUUCUAGAGAAUGUCGUGUAGCUACCUCAGAAAGCCCUUGGCGAAAGCAACUGUUUAGUUUUAAUGGAAUAGUCAGUCUUAGUCAUCUGGAACCAUCCCUAGUGUGUUCCGAUUUGUAGGUACUAAGUUGUAAACCGAGUUCAGAGUAUUACUAAAACCAGAACAGUUCCCAAAAUUCAGUACCUAAUGAAAAUUGUUGAAAAGGCCACUAUUGAGAUAGUGAUCAUAAAAUUGACUAACUAAAAGAAUAGGAGGCAAAACAUAUGUACAUACAUAUUUACCGCUAUAACCGUUAUAUCAUAAUAUUUUUUUUAUUUAGUUUUUAAGUCCAACUUAAAAAUUUUAUAGCACUCGCUUAAUCUGCUUCUUUUAUACUUAAAGGGUGAACUUGGAGCUUUCACUAAACUAAUACUUACAAAGAAAAAUUUAUCAAUUGAUAAUUAUUGUGUCUUAAACUAUAUGGGAAUUAAUGUUAGUACCGUAUUUAUAUAUUUGUGAACAAAAAAAAGAAUUCCAAUAUAUGUAGUUAAAAUUCCUCCGCUAGGACUCCAAGGUAUAUUGUAAAACAGAACUUUUAGUUGUGAUAACUAUUACAAUGGAUAAGAGACACUACCUUUUCUGUUUUUAUGGCAAAGAAUAGCAGAUUUUAGAGAACUGAGAUUAGCACUAUUACGAUUCCUGGAACAAUUAUCUCGCUCCUUAACCACAUUCAAAUUGAAAUUUUCAAAGCCAGUAAAGAACUAUUAGUUGCUAUAGUUAAUUAUUCCAAAGCCAAGACGAUAAAUUACCUUCUUUGCUUUCUUAAGGAAGAAUAAAUAGCCAAUUCUCUAUUUCCAUUAUUAUAUUAAAAUUCCUGGAACAGACAAGAAUUAUCUUAUUCCUAAACAAUGAUAAGAGUACAGUAGUCAUGUUGAUUCCAAGUAACAGUUUCUUAAUAGGAAUAAUAAAAUACCACUUGAAGAAAAUAAAGUAAAAGCGUUCGAGCGUACAGUACUAUAGUCGCCUUAUAUACUAUAAACACGGAAUACUGUAAAUUUAUUUCUUUCCGCUCGUACAUUGUAAACCAGACUACUGAAGUUGAUAUCACCAGCCUUUACUCUAUUACAGUUCAUCAGUAUAUAAAUACAGAAAAUGAAUAAAUUAUCAUACCUUGACUAAUUAAUUUACUUGUUUCAACUUUUGUCCCUAACAAAACUGACUGUCGUUAGAUACAAUCUACCAAUAUCUUCCAUUUUAACCGUACCUGUGUUAAGUACCAUAGAUAACGUGUUAAGGAUUUCCGUUGUAGAUGAUAAAUAAACUUCAACGUAUCAAUUAAAAGCAUUUUAUUUACGUGCCAUUUUAACGAGUCAAUUUAUUUCAAGUAAUUAUUUUUUUUUACUUUUCAAUAAUACACCGAAGUUCUUAAUACAGUUUUAAAAUUAUUUAUGUGUAGUGGAAAAAUUCUAAGGCCCUUCAUUAAUUGAGUGUUAGAAAGAGUUGCCAGUCUGUUGAUGUAAAUACCAUCUAGGUCAUGUACAGAACAAAUGUCGUUGUAAAUGCUAUUGUAAAGCAUUGUUUUUGUUACACUCUUGUACAGUUUGUAUUUUUAACAACUGUUGAUGAUGACCUAUUAGAGAUUCUAUUUUUUAAAACCAGACCUCUGUGAUAACUGUGUGGAGUCGAUAGUUUAAACUGCCUUACUCGAUACAAGUGACAGUUUGGUAUACAGUGUAUCGUUUUUUGUGUUAAACGCACUUUGUCAGUGCACAACUGCUUUGGUACAGGUUUUUGUUACGUACAUGAAGAAUGCAAUCAUGUCUCAUGUAGCUAAAAUAAUAUGGAUAAUUGGUUGUUUACCAGUUACACUAUUUUAGACAUUUUUACAGUAAAAAUAUAACAAAUCUAUUAUAAUUUAAUUAUAAUGUGUUUUUUGAAUAUGUUGUGUUCUUUGUACUAUUCAAUAUUUUAACUUAAGUACUAUAUAUUUGAAAGCUUUAUAACAUCUCAGUAGUACAUACUACAGUAUACAAUAUUAUUGGUAGUUUUAAGUAAGUAGGCUUUCCUUUGAAUAACUCUUAGUGGCGCAACUAUGGCUUCGAUUUGGGGAGAUGAAUCUGAUUGAAGGGCCCACAUAGGAGGCGGGGGCAGGUUUGGAAUAAUUAUGAACAGAUUUAAAUUAAAAUAAAUUAGAUAGGAACAUAUUUUUCUGCCUUAUUUAACAACAAUUUGGAUUGCUGUUCUAUUUUUUUUCUAUUUUUAGGAUUCUUUUGGGGGGGGAGUUCUUUUCCUCUCAUCCCCCCAUAGUUACGCCACUGACCUCACAGUUUUUAAGUAUAAUUUUCAUUAAUUUUAUGGCAUCACUAUUUAUAAUAAGAGUGCACCUGAAAUUACUAAGAUAUCAUAAAUGGAUAAUUUUAAAGUGAUAAAGUAUUAGUGUACACAGUCAACAACAUGUGUUUAAACUAAAAGGGAUGAGUUAUGCGUAUGGAUUUAAACACAUCUCAUUCUAGUUAUAACGCACAAAGAAUCAUUUGGAAACAUGAAAACAACCUGAUUCCAAUUUAAAUUUAUGAAGAUACUGUUGUGUUUUAUGUUAGGAGUAGCGGUUAACAUCCAAUCAAUUGGGGGUGGAGUAAUUGGCUAAAACCAAUUAUAUGUUUACUAUUGUUAAAUUUUAGCUAAACAGACUAGUUUUAAUAUGCCAAUAAAUGUUGUUAUAUUUACACGAAUCAGAAAUAAAAUUAAUGUUACUUAAUAUUUGAAAAAUAGUGAUGUUCACAAAAAUUAAAACUCCUUUAAUUCCUACGUACUAUCUUUUAGUAAAUAUUUUCCAAUGUACAGGGUUUGUUCAAUAAGCAUCGGGCUAGUUUCAAAAAUCAAAAUUUAUUGCAGAUACAUUACAAUUACUUAAUAAUCUUCAAAAUGCAUUCCUCCUGUAUUGAUACAUUUAAUUCAGCGUGUCUGCCACUCGUCAAAAGACCGCUGGAAAUUGGUUUCCGGAGUACUGUCAUGAACCUUUGUCGUUGCCUCUUGAACCACUUCGAUGGAGUCGAAGCAAUGUCUUUUGAACUCCCUUUUCAUUUGCGGAAACAAGAAAAAGUCUGGAAAACCCAUGUUUCAACGCCAGCAAUAAACUUGUCGAGAAAACCUUCACCUUCCUGGGUGCAGUCCAAAUUUUCUUGUGAAAUUUCCACAUGCGAUAGGUUUUCUUCCUUGUGACUUUCAGCACCAGUUUUACGCACACUUCCCUCAUCGCGAUCCUCUGUUAUAAUGUUGUGGACGGUUCUGGCUGUAAGGCCAGUCUCCUUACUAAUAAAGGCGAUGGUUAAACGACUGUCAAGAGUCCAAACUGUGGCCACCUGAGCAUUGGAUCGAGUGGUCAUUGGGGGUCCGACAUGGUGAUCUCUUACAAGCUCCCGGCCUUCCUUAAACUUUUUGUGCCUCUCGGAAAGUUUUGUGCGGCUUAAGGCAUCAUCCUCAUAAGCCUGUGUAAUGAGUUCAAUGGUCUCGGCCGUGGAUUUCCCCAAGUUUAAAGCCACAGCGUAAUAUGGCUCUACGGUCUGCUCCAUGAUGGUGUGAUGACACCAUCAAAAAUCACAUCACGAAAGUUCACAUCCUAUCUCAACACAUGCCCGCAGGUUACUGAAUUAAAAUGCGCCUGAGUGGUUGGGGACCCCUCUACCGAGGAUGACUAGUCGGACACCUCUCCACUACUCCCGCUCAGGAUACAGCGAACCAGUCCCAAUACUUAUUGAACAGAUCCUGUAUUACAAAUAUGGGGUCUAAUGUGAGUAAUUUACAUAUGAGAGGACUACAUUUUGAUAUUUAACAGAAGCAUAUCAACAUUUUUCAGUCAAUUUAGUAACACGUAAUCAACACAGUUAUAGUUAAGUUAAUUUUGUUAUAACAUGUUGUAAUUUGUAUUAAAGUUUCUUUAAUAGUAUUAUUGUACACAUUAUUAUUGUUAUUUUCUUUAAAUUGGCCAAUAGGUGAAAAGACGUCUUUAGUAAAUGUAAAAUAAAUAAGUCAUAUGUUUAAAAUAUUUCAAAAUUCCAUAAACACUCUAUAUACCUGUUGCUAAAAAAGCAUUUCAGUUUGUAGACAUAUUUUUAUUACUUAGAGCUGUCAGUAUUGGCCUAGCAUAGCAAUAUUCUCCUAUUAUAAUUACGUAUUAUGUUACUGUAUUGAUGAUGAUGAAUUGUCUCGCAAAUUAAUGUUAUUACACUUCAUUAUUUUUAACAGUUGAACUUGUUAGAAGACUAUAUGAAAUUCUAAUUGUAUUACAGCACCAUUUCAUUUGUGCUUUUCCUUCUGAAGAUUUUAAGAAUGUAAAAAUUGAUAAGAAUUGAAAAAUAUUAUUUUGGAUUGUGUUAGUCGUACUUCUGUACAGGUAAUUGACUCAUUCUCUUACAAAUGUGCUCACAGCCAUGUAAUAGUAAUAAUAAUGAUGAAUGUCAAUUAAAAAGUUUACAGCUUGUAAAUUUUAGCAGAGUAUAGAAUUCAACUGAGAAUCGAGGAACGUUAUACUUUAUACUCCCAAUAUAACGAACUGGACAUUUAAAUAGUUGUCUAAAUAUAAUAAAAAGCCACGCACUCCACACAGUUAACUGGGGUUCGAUACUUGUUAGGCGAGGUGGUGUGACAUUUGUGUCUCCAAUAAAACAAACGAUCAAUGUUA